CUUUCUCUCGCACACGAUCCACCUCGGUGGCCGCCACCGCCGCCUCUCGCGGAGUUUCUCUCUCGUUUCAUCCCCCUCGUAUGCAGCCGAACCGAUCGUCGAUCUCUGUCUCGUCGGUGGUCGCGCUGUCUGUCGCCGACACCGUGCAGCGCGGAGUCAGUCCGGUUGCCUACCUCGGGCGCUGUUGACAGCCACCCCCCGUGCGCGAGGAACUCUUCCCGAUGCCAGCCGCGUUACCACCGUCUCUUCCACGAUAGUGGCGAGACCCCGUGACAGUGGCCGUCUUCCUCCCGCGAGAAAUUGCCUGCACGAACUUACGUGGUGUCGUUGUGUGCCGCUAGAUCUAAUCUUCUAUCGUUUUUACAGUGUAGGGACGUACAGUGCGAGAAACGUAAAACCAAGUAGUGAUUCGUUAAGAAACUCAUAUAAUACAUGUUAGAUUCAAGUGUUCGUUUGUUUCGGUAUACGAAACGACUGUUGGCCCAAUAGUUGAUCAGUCGGCAGUCAGUACGAGAUCAAAGGUAACGCUGGUAGCAGUGUUAGGAACGUCAAUAGGUGGUGAACAGAGAAAAUGACGAAGCGGACGACGAAUCGUGUGAGAUCAUGGUGGUGAAUAGUAGCGGUAGCAGCAGCAGCAGCAGCAGCAGCAGAAGCAGAGGCAAACGGCGGAAGCCAGCGCUUCUGGCAUGAACGACGAGGACAACAGUCUCGACGAGGCUCGCGGUUGCGGCGAUGCUUAUAGACGUGACGUGACCAGCACGUUCGUGCCCGUCUCGCCGAACCAACGCUCGCCCAAACUGUCUGAUCUCGCUCGUGAUACUUGUGAUCCUUAUGACGAUGUGCGUGUUCGAUUGACGAUUGAUGGUGUACCGUGACAACCUAAUAACGAGCGUUUAAAGGGAUUGUCAACAACGUUGUAAUCGUGGAAGAGAAUCAUCGGAAGAAAAAGAGAAAGAAGACGAAGAAAGAAGCGGACGCAGGAAGUGCAAGAAGCAGAAAGGAAGGAACAAGGUACAGGUAUAGACCGGUUGGCCGAGAAGCCGCAAGAAACAGACGACUACUGUCGGAACGUAUAAUGUGGCUCGCGUGACACCAGCCGUUUCUCACUGCACAUUUCUCGUCCACGUCUACGGAGGAGGCUCUCCAGGUCUCAAUAAACACACACGCUCCCACUUCCAUUCUCUACCCGGACGGUAUAAUCCUUAACGACGAGGACACGCGUACCAGGGAGGCACGAUAGUAUGACGGUGAUGCUGCUGCAACGUUCAGUCACCCUGCAGUCGACGCACAGCCAAAAGAUAGCGAACAAGGACUGCAGCGCGAAGCCGCCUUUCUUAUUCCUGCUCGACGACAGCCAGGAGCAUCGACACUCCACGGACACCACUACGACGACGACAACUAACAACAACAACAACAUCAACAACAAUAACAACAACAAUAACAACAACAAUAAUAACAACGAAGUAUUUAAAGGAGGUAACAGAAGAGACAGUAGUCGUUCGUACGUCGCCGACGAGGCGGCGGCGUCGGUGACGUCCCAAAGACGCGCCGAUUGUGGCCAGGACGUCGCGAUGCGAUAUUACCGGCUCUGGAUCUACACCUGUAACUUGGUGCUGCUCGGUAGCGCGCUCGGCUUCGCCGCCGCGGUCUCACGAACACUCUUAUUCACCGGCGAUCCACGCCGGUACAUGGUGCCAGGGGUACCCCGUGCAUUCGACCCGACAGCCCUUUACGCUUACUUAGCAUUAGCCACGCAAUUGGGCCUGGUACAAUUGUUGGGUUGUAUAGCGGCGAGGAGAUUGAGCGCGAGACUUUUGAACGCCUACUGGGUGCUGCUACUGGCGCUUCUAUUCGGUGACGCCGUCAUCGGGGUCGCCUGGGUCUUCCGGUUUGAGAGGAUGCGCGUCGAGCUCAGGCCCACUCUCAAACAACGAUUACAGAUGGAGUACGGCAAGGAUCUACGAUUUAGCGAGCAAUGGGACCGUUUGCAGAAGGAGUUCUCCUGCUGCGGAGUGACCGGUCCUAGAGACUUCGGUGGUAGAUGGCCACAGACCUGUUGCGUACCCACUGGCAACGUCAGUGACACUUGUCAACAACCGUACGCGAGAGGUUGCGAGGAAUCGUUGAUGAGAUGGCUACGAAAAACCGCGGACUUGCUGUUCGUAUUGGGCUUCUGCGUGAUAGCGUUCGCGAAAUUAUGUUUCCUAGGGAUACUGCGUUACGAGAUAAGGGAAAUGAUACAAAAGAUACGGUUGCUCCGAGAACCACCGCCGCCGGCGACUACCCUAACGCAACCACCGUUCUCGCAAGUGAUACCGGAAGCCACUAACAACGGAAGCAUCGUUCGACGCACGACUCUGCCCAAUGCUGUCACUCCUUCCGGAAAUGCAUCGUUGCUGAUCCAAACGGACGAGUGCAAUACCGGAAAGCAUCCCUUAUUGGCGAACAAUCUGCAGGACGGUGGCGCAGACAGCGACACGAACAGUCAUUGCGCGCUGAUUCUCGAGGAAACGACGCCCACCUCGGCGAACCAUAAUUGCGGCAAUCGGGAGAAAAGUAACGGCAACAACAACUAUGAGAUGCGAGAGUUCAACAGGAGAUUGUGGCUGUCGAAUGGCGGCAGCCCGGGCACGGGUAUAACAGCCGGUGGUCAAAGCAGGCGCACCUGACUAUGGAAGUGGUGGCGAAACACGUCGAACCGUCUACUCUACAGGAGCAAUCGGUCCGCCGAGAUCACCGUGUAUAAGAUAGGUCAGCAGACCGGAGCUAAGGUUUCUAAAGAUUCUACUGACUUCACGAGCACACCAGCCCACAAUAAGCGAAUAACGUUCAAGGUUCUACGUGUCGCCAGGAAAGUGUAUCGUUGAAUCGUCUUGUAUCAAAUAGAACACACUCUAAAUCCUUAUAGUCGAUGAUAGAAGUUUAUUUUUAAAAAAUGGAACCGUUUCGACUAAGGCUAGACUAGACUAGAGUAUAAUUUGACUAGUUCCUUCGUUUCGUUCUUUUGAAAACCUCGUGGCACGACAGAUCGGUUCAAUCGUUUAGUAAUUACAGGAAAUUUUAAAGAUACAUUUUCCUCGUGACGUCGUAUACUGCGAUGCGACUCGUAGUGCUGACGAACAGAGUAAAUUUCCGUUUGCGUGACGACACAAGACGGCCACAUGAAGCGAGAGUCGACACGAACGAAUUACAAGGAAGAUGGAACAAGAGGAGACGGAAGAAAAAAGAGAAAGGAUGGAAGCAAAACAUUACGAAAAUGAGAAAAAAGCGAAAAAAAAGAAGAAGUACGUCGAAGCUGCACGAAAGGGAACAUAAAAGCCUGUGUAUGUCUUUCGACGUCCUUUCGAUUCUCUUUCUACGCGUAUUCCUUACAUGUCUUUCCGUCCUCGCACGGUCGGUGAAUAAAAAAGAAACCAAAAAAAAAAAGAGAAGAAAAAUAAUCAAUUACUUUUGUAGAUUUAUUUUUAGCAGUAAAUUUUCCUAUAUGAAACUAUCUCUCUUCGAAUCGAAACAAACCAAAGAGCGUUUCAGACACGGAGCCGUUGUAUACUGAUUUUUAUCGCGUGAAUCAUGCUAGUAGUAUGUCACAGUGUAAAAUGUAACUAUCGUUCGCUAUUUAUAAGGAUAAUACUCUCCAGCAGUUUGGUCCUUCUUUUAAUUAACAUCGUUUAUUACAUCGUCAUCACAUGUUUAAUUAGCGAACGAUGGAUUUUCUCUUCAUCGCGUUUCUGACCCAAAACCGGCGAAAGUUGUAUUAAGUUGUAUCAACGCACUCGGUUGCAUUUAUACACGACGAGAGUACAGUGCAUUGCUCGCUAUCAAAAGUUUUUUAGUACCACACUAUACCGGCGAGAUAUAUAUAUCAAAGGUUAAUCGCUUAUCGUCACGCGAACGUUUAUUUUUACUUGUUUUUUCGAUUUUUCUUAUCCCUUUUAUGGUGAAAUUCUACUAACGAAUUGUUUCGAUGAGUUAAACGUCAAGGAUUACAUGGAUGCGAUAGUUACGGCAGAAUAUUGUGGGAUACUACUGCCAAACUGAUUCUCCCUCUGCGAAAAUACGAUUAUAUAGAAAAAAAAGAGAAAAAAUAGAAAAUCUGUUUUCUCGACGAGCUACUAUUACUUAGUGAAGAUAUAAGAAAAAAAAAAUAAAAAAGACCGAAAAGUUGCAUUGGGAAAAAAACACAUAUUAUAUACACACAGAGAGACAUACACACAAAGUCACCGCAUAAGAGUAACGACUAUAAAUUCCUAGUUCUUUUUAUAUAAAACGAUACAUGCAGCGCGAGUAGUCUGUAUUGAUUUGUGCAGUAAGUCGUAUAAAUAUAAUACGAUACUCAAAGUAAUUGGCUUCCUAGCUAGGAUUAAUCGAAUCUUAGGGAUUAUAUACGUUUACGAAUGCAAAGUAAUGGAUAUACGUAUUUAGUAGAUUGUAUAUAGCGAUGUAGUCAAAUAUUAAGAGUCGAUCGUCUGUUUAAGAAAAAGCCAGAAUCAAUUGCAUACAGUUCAAUCAUGUAUAUGUUGAGAAACAUCAGUUUUCUUUACUCUUGUUUGGAACAACAUGAAUGAAAGUCACGAGGCUAUCAAGAAUCAAGAUACAAACUGUACAGUUCAUCGUUAGACUUCAGAUUUGAUCUUUUGUCUUUCUCGUAAUCGUAUCAGUCUGGACAACAGGGUAUUCUUAGCAUCGUACGUUAUGACGCAUAGAUUACUACCAAAGAAACUAUUUAUUACAUGACAUGUUUAUUAAUGCGUAUUGCUAAUGAUGUACAUUUUUGAAUACAUAUUUUGUUCCUUUUAGUUCUAUCACAUAUGAUUUGGUAUCAUUAAAGAAAAAACGAAAAAAAAACGCGAAAAGAGAAAAAUUGCAUUCCAGAUAAUCGAAGGUUCUUUCUUAAUCAGGCCAUCGAGUUAUCGUUGAAUGUAUUAAGCUACAAUAAUAAUAUGAAAGCUUACACCUCGCAGACAUACAGCCUCUGCCACUAAAUGUAUAUAAGGGUAUACUAUAUGUAAAACAUACGACAGAUAGCGUUAAUUGAUUUUUAAACCGAUCAUUUAGAAAGGCAACUAUGUUACUGCAAGCCGCCCAGAAAUGAAAACCUACACGCUACCUUUAAUUAGAAUAAGCUUUGAAACUUUUGACUAAACGAGAAAUUGAUGUACUGGUUUUCACGUUUUGAUUCGUUCCUUUGAUUCGUUCAAUCAUCAGAUCGUGUAUUUGUUAAACGAACGAAAGACUCGUAUCUCUAUGUUUUAGUCAAACAUAUAUUCAGAUAACAAUGAAUAACGAUCCCAUAAUGAAAAAGGCUUUAAAAAAAUUCAACAUGUGUAGUAAUUUGUAACUGAUUGAUAUUUAAAUGUAACAUGUAUAUCGAGACGAAUGAAAGAGAGGGAGCUUUGAAUAGUGCCUGCUUAAGAAACCUAAUUUACUGUAUCUGUAAAUGGUUAGAUAUGGUAUGUACGUUAUUUCGUACACGGUAAACCUAAUAGGACUACCGUAGCCAAGUAUGGAUAAAAGUGUAACUAGAAUAUAAAAUACGUUCGUUAUACUUUCAUAAUCAUGCAUAUUAUUAUGCAUAACGGAAAAAGUUUAUCUCGAAUUUUUUUUAAGAAAUCCUCAUAAAUACUUUUUUCAAAAAGACAUUAAGAACAACUUAGAAGAAUUUAAUUCAAAUGACUAUUCCUUUUUAAAAUGUUCUAUCUUAUAUCUUAAUUUCAAUAUAUUGCAUGGACAUAGUUUUCUACCUCUGGCUUUAAUCAUACUUUAUGAUUUUUAUAUUAUAUUAUUCUAUCAGAUCACUCUUCCCUAUACUACACUAUGAGUUCAUAUUAUUCAAUACAUAUUCUUAAAUGUACAUAAAACCUAUGUGGUCGUAACUGUAUGUAAAUACUGUUAAACGUUCUAUAACUUCUCUGAAAUAUGAAUACAAGGAAAAUUGGUUAUUUAGUAUAA